UUUGUCGAAUUUACCACCUCCAAAAAAAAACAUUUACUUUACCACCUCAUAAAAAAAUUAAACAUCAGUUUUACCACCUCAUCUGAGCUCAGGUGACGGAAAACGCUUGUGGGGCCCAGUUAACUGUCACUUCCCUCCAAUUUAAUUCUUUUAAAAUCGAUUUCCCUCUGUCUCCUCCUUUUCUCACCUUCCACCUUCCAUAAUCAAUGUCUCACCAAAUUUCUCACUUCCUCAUCAAUUUUCGUCUCUCUCUCCUUUGAUUUUUCUUGAUUCUCACUGUAACUGCUUCUCUCUCCUUUGAUUUUUCUCUUUCUCUCUGUAAAAACUGAAACCCUAGAUCAAUUUGGGUGGUUGAAAUCGAGCUGGAACCACAAAAUUGCAACACAUCAGCUUCUCUUGUCAUCUUCCACAGUAUGAGGGGACCAAAAGCUUGGUAAUUUGCUGACAGAAAUCGAGAUUCCUGACUACAAGAGAAUGGACACAGUGGACUUAAAAAUUACAGUAGGGGGUGCCUUUAUACCUUCUUUAGCUGGUAAAAAUAGAAGGGUGUUAACUUGGGAUGGUGGGUGGGUUUAUUGGAUGAGAAAAGUGGAAAAAAAUAAGAUAGAUGUACACUUUUUGAGGCAAGCAGCUAUACAUGGGUUUGUGUAUGUGAAUGUGAAGGUUCCUAGGGGGUUUAGUUGCUGGUAUAAACAAAAGGGCAAGUCUUGGGUGAAUGGUAAAAGGGAGCUUGUUGAUGGUGAGGUGAAUGGUUUCCUAGAGUCUGUGAACAAAGAGGGGGCAUGUGAGAUGUAUGUUACCAGUCAUGAGCCAAUUGAAGGGACUAACAAAACACCCUUCAAAUGUAUAGCUGGGAAUGAGCUAACCCCUGCACAAAGGAAGGAACUGAAAAAGAGGUUUGGUGGGCCUAAAGUAUAUAAACCCAGCCCAGAACUUAGUAAGCCCACUGAAGAAGAGCCAUUUAGGAGAAGCCCUAGGUUAAAAGGCAUUGUUAUACAUGACAGAGAGGCUGAGGAGAGGCUUCCUAGGGCAGAGAAAGUGAAUGCUAAUACACAUAAAGGGAAAGGUAAACUCACUGCUGCAGAUAAGGGUAAGGCUAAGGUUGGGGAUGAGACUGGAAAUUUUGCUAAUUUAGUGAGAAAAAUAAAAGAAAGAGUGAGGAGCUUAAGGGAUGACAGUGAUGUGUUUAGUGAUGAGGAUGGUGAUACAGAGUCUUCUGAUUCUGAGUUGAGUGAUUUUGAGUUAGAAGUUGAUGAGGGAGAGGAGGACUUAUACUCUGAUGAUGAUGAACAGUGGUUGAAGAAAAAUUUAGACCAUAUUAACAGUGAGGUGAAAGGCAGUUUGAGGGGAGUUACUGAAGGAGGGGAUCAAAGUGAUGAUGAGGACACAGGGUUUGACAUAGAAAGAAAUCUACAGAAAAUUGAAGUGAGGGUUGAAGAGGAGGCAACUUGUGAUUCUGAUGAGCUAAAGACUGUGGAAGGUGAUUCAGAUGAUGAUCAGGGUAGUGUUACUUGGUUUAACCCUGAGACAGACUUUGAAAGGGCUAUCAAAUUUGUAGUUGGUCAAAGGUUCAGUGAUGUGCAAACAAUGAGAAAAGCUUUGAAACAACAUGCAAUUGAAAAUAGGUAUGAGUAUUACCUCCUUCACAAUGAUUCAAAGAGGCUAACAGCAUAUUGCAAAAGGAAAUGCAAGUGUGUGUAUAACAAGAACAGUUGUAGGAUAGUGAAGUGUACAUGUAGUAAGGGUGUUAGGUGUAGGUUCAAGUUUUAUGCAACAAGGCUUGUGAAAUCAGAGGCUUGGCAAAUUAAGACACUAAGGCUGAAGCAUAGGUGUGUUAGGAGUAAAAUGAACAACAAGGUGACAGCAGAGUUCCUUGCUGACAGAAGCAGGGCAAAGCUUAUAAUAUAUGGCUCUUCAUCAGAGCAAUACUCAAAGGUUUGGGACUAUGGGAAGGCACUGCUGAAAUGGAACCCAGGGAGUGAGUGUAAUGUGGUGGUGGAUGAUAUUAAUCAAAUUGAAAGACCAAUUUUUAUGAGGAUGUUUGUGUGCUUAGCUGCACUUAGGGAUGGAUUCAUUUCUGGUUGCAGACCAGUAAUUGGGGUGGAUGGGUGCCAUCUAAAAGGGGCAUACCCUGGGCAGAUCUUGGUUGCAGUUGGAAAAGAUGGCAAUAAUUCCAUCUUCCCAAUUGCUUGGGCAACUGCAGAGAUUGAGAACAAGGACAGCUGGUGCUGGUUUCUGGAGAGCUUGCUCAAGGCACUUUGUGUGUAUGACCAAGGAGAUGGCUUGACUUUUAUAUCUGACAGACAGAAAGGUCUCAUAGAAGCAUUUGCAGAUGUGGCCCCCAAAGCUGAGCUCAGAUUUUGUGUGAGGCAUAUUUGGUCAAAUUUCAAACUGAAAUUUCAUGGUGCAACUUUCAAGGAAUUGUUCUGGGUUGCUGCUAGGGCAAGCACUCUGUUUGAGUUUGAAGUUGCUAUGGAAAGUAUCAAUUUUUUGGAUGAAGAAGCAUACCAGUGGUUGUCAAACAUUGACCCCCAGCACUGGUCAAGGCAUGCUUUCUCUACAAACUGCAAGUCUAACAUGUUGUUAAAUGGGAGUUGA